UUCGCCGGCUGCUCAGCGGGGACUCUCCUUCUUAGUGUUACCGUCAGAAAUAUUAUUAUUCCAGCAGGUUUAAAACAGUCAAAGUCUCCCGGAGGAAUUUAACAAUGCCUCAACCUGGGACCUGAGAGCGCGGACGCGAAGUGAAUCCACAGCAUCGCAUCGCUGUUGACUCAUUUGUACACAUUUCUCGAGUGAGUCUCCUCCUCAGUUCACCUGCCUGAGCGCGUCGGGAACAAAAAGCCCAUGGAGGGAUUGUCGCGAUGCUGUGCACAAGGAGAACUAAAACUUUGGUGUCGACAUGCGUGAUCCUGAGCGGCAUGACCAACAUUGUGUGCCUGCUGUACGUCGGCUGGAUCACCAACUAUGUGGCCAACAGCGGUCCCAAAGUUGCGGAGAGCGGCGGCGAGGCGGAGAGAAAGUUGGAGGAGGACAGUAAAGGGGAAACCCUGAGGAUUAUCGAGAGGCUGGACCGGCUGGAGAGCGUCGUCAACGAGCACAUCAAAGAGACCCCGCUGAAGGAUGGGGAAGACACUGCAUCUUCGUCAGACUUGGCCUCAGACCCUGCCUCCUCGCUCUUCAACCACUGGGGUCACGACCUGGGCCCUGAGAGUCGAAGGGUCGCUCUUAAAAAGUUCCGUUACUAUGGCUACAAUGGCUACCUUAGUGACCGCAUAUCCCUCACUCGGCCGAUCCCAGAUUUACGACCGGACGGGUGCAGAAACAUGUCGUAUUCAUCAGACCUUCCUCAGCUCAGCAUCAUCUUCAUCUUUGUCAACGAGGCCUUGUCAGUGUUGCUGCGCUCCAUCCACACAGCCAUCCAGAGGACUCCGUCCCACCUGCUCAAAGAGAUCAUACUGGUCGAUGACCACAGCAACAGCUUGGAGCUGAAAGAGCACCUGCAGAGCUUUGUGGAGGAGACCAACGCUCAGCACGGCCCAGGAUUCGUCAAGUUGGUCCACCAUGACAAGCAGGAAGGGCUGAUCAGGUCCAGAGUCAGAGGAUGGAGGGCAGCCUCGGCUCCUGUGGUCGCCCUGUUCGACGCACACGUGGAGUUCAACACUGGAUGGGCGGAACCCAUUCUGCAGCGAAUAAAGGAGGACCGGACCCGGGUGGUGUCUCCCUCAUUUGACAACAUCAAAUACGACACCUUCGAGAUCGAGGAAUACCCACUGUCUGCUCAGGGCUUUGACUGGGAGCUGUGGUGCCGAUACCUCAACCCACCAAAGUCCUGGUGGACACAACGCAACAACACAGCCCCUAUCAGGAGCCCUGCUCUGAUUGGCUGCUUUGUGGUCGACAGAAAAUACUUUGAGGAGAUUGGCCUGUUAGAUGAAGGUAUGGAAAUUUAUGGCGGGGAAAACGUGGAGCUUGGCAUCAGGGUGUGGCAGUGUGGCGGCAGCGUGGAGGUCCUGCCCUGCUCGAGGAUCGCCCACAUUGAGCGUGCCCACAAGCCCUACACAGAGAACCUGACGGUCCAUGUGCGCCGUAAUGCUCUGAGGGCGGCUGAGGUCUGGAUGGACCAGUACAAGAGCCACGUCUACAUGGCCUGGAAUGUUCCACUGCAGAACUCAGGAAUAGACAUUGGGGACAUUUCUGAGAGAAAGGCCCUGCGAUCCAGACUCAACUGUCGACCGUUCAGCUGGUUCCUCUCCAACAUCUACCCCGAGCUCCGAUCCUACAGCAAUACAGUCGCUUAUGGAGUGUUGAAGAACAGUCUGAGAGACGACCUGUGUUUGGACCAAGGACCGGACACAGACAACAUUCCCAUCAUGUAUCUCUGUCAUGGUAUGACGCCGCAGCAGAACGUGUACUACACCAGCUCCCAGCAGCUCCACCUGGGAGUGCUGAGUCCGACAAUCGACGACGAUGAUAACAAGUGUCUGGUGGAUGUGAACAGCAGACCCAGGCUUCUGGAGUGCAGCUACGCAGCUACCAAGCACAUGAAGCUCACAUGGACGUUUGCUCAGGGCGGAUCCAUCCAGAACACAGAGUCUCAGCGUUGUCUGGAGCUGGUGGAGAGCAAACAGUCAGAGUUCAGUUUCCAGCUGGUCAUUCAGGACUGCACCGGUCAGAAAUGGACCAUCACUAACGUACUUACUGUCCUGCCACAGUGAACGCAGUGAACACCGCUCGGCUGCUGGAAAACCUUUGUUGUCAUGGACUAAUUUAGUAAACGAGGAGGUUAAAGCAAGCGACUCCCCCCCUUCAAAUUGAAAAACCAAACUGACCCAGAUCUGAAAUCGACUGUCACGGAGUUCUGGUGCAUGUUAAAACGGACUAACAUGCUGACCUAAGCAGUGAACUAAGUGUCCAAAGAAUGAGCUUGGAUACCGGACCUAUUUUUUAAUGGGAAUCUGCACAGAAUAUAUGUGCUUCAAUCAGAC